ACAGAAAGUUUCCAAGCAAACAACAAGUGGAAUUCAAAAAACGCAGUCAACAAUGCACUUUUCCAAGAUUUUUGGAGUCCUCUGUUUGGGACUAAUUGCUGUGUGCAACGCUGCCAUAGAACGCGUCGAUGACUCCGACCUGAUUCACAUUCUGACGGGUAAAGGCGACGUGGUUGCCCUAUUCACAAAAACCGGUUGCGCGGCUUGCGUGGAAUAUGAGAAUGUUGUGGGCAAAAUUCAGAGCGAACUGCGGCAGACGCUGGGCGCAACGGUUGUCCAGGCGCACAACAGCAAUCUAAUACACAUUUACGAUCCAAGUCGGGAGCCGGCACUUUUGUAUUUCCGGCGAGGAAUUCCGAUUCUAUACCAUGGCGCUGUCAAUGAGGAGGAGAUUGUCCAGUUCUUUGGGGAGAAUCGCGAGCCGGGGGUGAAGGAGCUGUCUGACGAUAAUUUCGAGCAUUUGACGCAGGCGUCGACGGGCGCCACAACCGGAGAUUGGUUCAUCUUCUUCUAUUCGGCGGAAUGUGUGCUCUGCCAGCGCCUCUAUGCCGUCUGGGAAGCCGUUGGUGGCACUCUGCGACGCAAAAUAAAUGUGGCACGUAUGAACUCAUUAACCGCUGGAAUGGGCACAGCGCAACGCUUGAAGAUUGCCGAAGCUCCCGAAUUCGUUUUUCUGCGCCUCGGCAAAUUGUACCGGUACCCGCUGAAGGAUUAUACGCCAAAGGCCUUCAUCGAGUUCGUCGAGGACGGCUAUUUAAGGAAUACACAACCGGAAGAUGUACCCAAGCCAUCCAGUUUAAUCGAUGAAUUAUCAUUUGAACAUCUUAUGGAUUAUAUCAGAAAUUCUGGCACACUGCCAUUAGCCGUUGUUGGCACUUUUGCAGUCUUGUUUCUCUUUUAUGUUGUAAAGUCUUUGUUCAAACCAUCAGAAAAAAAGAAGAAUAUUACCAAAAAAGAUAAAUAGUUUAGGCAACGCUUAAGCGUGUUCGGCCUCAUAUCUUUCAUAUCAUAUCAUUCCAUAUUUUAACUCAUCUCAAAGAUGUUUAAAAUAUAUUCCAAUUCAAAAUAA